AUGGCUCCCGGACUCACUCAUGACGGAGGUCAUUCUCCAACCAAGGUUGGCCCCCGCUCCAAGCCCACCGUCUAUGUUCUCGAUUCAUUCAACGAAAAGGCCAUUGAACACGCUAGGACAUUGUUCCACGUUGUUCUUCCUGGAGACGAGGGGUUCGCAGAUUGGCGACAGAAGGCAUCCGCAUUGCUGAUUCGAGGGUCAUAUUUGACUGCGGAGGACAUUGCCAGCUGCCCUAACCUCGUCGCCAUCGGCAAGCAUGGCGUGGGUAUUGACAGAAUUGAUCAAUCGGCUUGCUCGAAGCGCGGCAUUAAGAUCUGCAACACUCCGGGCGCGAACGCGCGCGACGUCGCAGAGCUAGUCCUUGCCCUAAGCAUGACCGUCGCCCGCGGUAUCCGGUCCAUCACCACUCGCCAAAUGACGAAACCUGUGCCGAAGGAGACAUGCAAUGGCAUAACGCUUUACAAGAAGACCCUCGGGGUUAUUGGCAUGGGAAACAUUGGCCGUACGGUGGCUGAAAUCUUCCGUGGGGCUUUCGACGCCGAAGUUGUCGCCUUGGAUGUUUUCAUGCCGGACGAUGCAUGGCCUCUCAUUCCACAUGAUCGUGUACAAGAUGUCCAAGAAGUCAUCCAAAGAGCCGAUGUUCUGUCCAUUCACGUUCCAUUAACUCAUGAGACGCGGAAUAUGAUCUCUUAUAAGGAGCUUCGAAUGAUGAAGCCCGAUGCUAUUCUUAUCAACGCCGCUCGAGGUGGAAUUGUGAACGAGGCAGAUCUCACCAAGGUUCUUGCAGAGGGCCACCUGUGGGGUGCAGGACUGGACUGUCACGAGCAAGAGCCACCUACGUUGGAGAAGUAUGGUAUGCUGUGGGCAAACUUGAACGUGGUCAGCACACCGCAUAUUGGAGCAGCCACGACCCAGGCACAAACCGCGAGUGGGAUGGCGGCAGUGAACCACCUGUAUAAUUAUCUGAUGGGCAUGCAGAGUUAG